UAUAAUAAAUUGCUAGUGAGUAUAACCAACUGUACCUGCGUUGACUCGGGUAUUCAUUGCUUCGUGUCUCCUUCAUUAUUCCCACAUAGCAGCGUACACCUCACUUUCCUUUCUCUCUUCCACACAACUUUAUCUUAAGCGAUCUCGUUAACUUUCUGAUUCAGUCUUCAACCACACACAAUUUUUGGAUCUUCUGCUGCACAUACAAUUCAGAUCUUGAAGCUUCUAACAUAUGGCAUCCGGGUCCUCUUUUGGUUCAAUUCCACUGCCAACAAGAGCAUGCACCUAUCACGUGUUUUUGAGUUUCAGGAGUGAAGACACUGGAAAAUUCACUAUCCAUCUCUAUAACACCCUCAACAGAAAGGGAAUCACAACCUACAGAGAUGAUAACAAACUUCGCAAAGACGAUGUUAUUUCAGAUGAACUCCUGAAAGCAAUUGAACAAUCGAUGUUUGCAGUCAUUGUUUUCUCACCAGACUACGCUUCCUCCAGUCAGUGCUUGGAUGAGCUCCAAAAGAUCUUGGAGUGCAACAACAAACUGGGGCUACAUAUCCGGACAGUGUACUACGGUGUGGAGCCUAGUGAUGUGAGGCACCAAAGAGGAACCUUUGAGAAAGCUUUCAAAAAACACGAAGAGAGACAUGACCGUGAGAAGGUCAAAAGAUGGAGAGAUGCGCUAACACAAGUUGCUGCUCUUAAAGGUUGGACCUCCAAAAAUCAGGACGAAGCAGGACUUGUGAAAAAUAUUGCUCAACAUAUAUUUGAAAUAUUGAUUUCUAAGUUGCCAUCUUCAAUGAAGAAUUUUGUGGGGAUUAAUUCAAGAGUGGAACAAGUGAUUACUCUAAUUGGCCUUGGAUUGAAUGAUGUUCGCUUUAUAGGCAUAUGGGGAAUGGGUGGCAUGGGUAAGACCACUAUUGCUAGAGCAGUCUUUGAAACCAUUCGAUAUAAUUUUGAAGUUACUUGCUUUCUUGCCGACGUUAGGGAGCAAUGCGAGAAAAAAGAUAUUACUGACAUACAAAAGGAACUUCUUAAACAAAUGAAUAUAAGUUCAAAUGCUGUUCAUAAUAAGUAUGAUGGGAGGACAAUAAUUCAAAACUCUUUACGUCUCAAAAAGGUACUUCUUGUUCUUGAUGAUGUAAAUCAUGAAAAACAAUUAAAGGAUUUGGCUGGGGAGCAAGAUUGGUUUGGUCCUGGAAGCAGAAUAAUAAUUACAACUAGAGACUUAAUGGUGCUAAAGGAAGAGGUGCAUAAAACUUAUAACGUUGAAGGGUUAAUGGAAAGUGAAGCCCUUAACCUCUUUUCUUUAGAAGCUUUUAACCUGCCAAAACCUUCAGAAGAGUUUUUGGAGUUGUCCAAAGAAGUGGUCAAAUACAGCGGUGGUCUCCCAUUGGCACUUAAAGUAUUGGGUUCCUAUCUUAAUGGUAGAGGUAUUGAGGUUUGGCAUAGUGCUAUUGAAAAAAUAAAGCAUUUUUCACAUUCUGAAAUUAUUGAUGUAUUGAAAAUAAGCUAUGAUGGUUUAGAUGAUAUGGAAAAAGAUAUUUUUCUAGAUAUUGCUUGUUUCUUUAAAGGAUAUCAGAUAGGUGAUGUAACAAGGAAAUUAAAAGGAUGUGGUUAUCAGGUUGAAAUUGGUCUUGAUAUUUUGAUUAACAAAUCAUUGGUCACUAUAAAUAAAUAUGAUCAAUUGGUGAUGCAUGAUCUGGUUGAAGAAAUGGGCAAACAAAUUGUAAUUCAAGAAUCUCCAAAUGAUCCUAGUAAGCGUAGCAGAUUGUGGUGUUACGAGGAUCUUAAUUCUGUACUUGCUCAAAAGAGGGUAUGUAUCGUUUUUUCUCAACUAUAGAAUGCACAAAAUAGAAUGCUACACUCAAGUUAUGAGGAGCAUUUGAGAUUUGAAGCCUUCUCCAAACUAAAGCUGUCAAAACUUCUCAUAUUAUGUGGUGUGGAAGUGGAAGUGGAACCUCCAUCCGACCUUCCUUGCCUUCCUAGCACAUUAAAAGUUCUGCACUGGUGGAGAUGUCCUUUGAAAACACUACCCCUUGCAGAAACAGAACAUGAAUUUGCUGAAAUUGAACUACGAUUUAGCAGAAUUGAGGAACUUUGGCUUGGGAAAAAGUUUCUUGGAAACCUGAAAUACUUGAAUUUGAGUCAUUCAUGGUAUUUAAAGGAAACACCUGACUUUUCUGGGACUCCUAUUCUUGAAACACUUAUUCUUGGUGACUGUCCAGACCUCAGAGAGGUUCAUCCAUCCCUUGUACUACAUGAGAAUCUUGUUCUGUUGGACUUAAGCAAGUGUAUAAGUCUUAAAACUUUUCCGGGAAUACUGUAUAUGACAUCCCUCAAGGAGUUAAUUCUAAAGGACUGCCGGAGUUUUGAAAAUAGACCAGAAUUCGGGGAGUGCAUGAAACAGUUAUCCAGGCUAUGUUUAGAGGGAACGGCUGUGAGGGAAUUGCCUUCCUCACUUUUUCGCCUUCCCAUCACUAUCAAUAAGAGAAAGUCUAGGGAGCCAGCACUUUUAUUAAAUUCUGGCCAGCACUUAGCCAGUAAAAGAAAAAUAAGUAGUUCUCUAUCAUUAGAUGAAAUCUCGCACCAUUAAAAACACUAUUGAUGGCUAAUUGAUGGCUACGAAUCAUACAAUCUGCUGGCCUCCUAACACUCUUCCUAUUAAUAAUUGACUGGACCUCCCAAGAAUAUGUAGGAAGGAACUCUGUCACUAAAUUCAUGCUUCCACAUUUUGUCUCCUAGACAUCUCAACUUUCACUAUGGAUUUUAUAUGACUUGUUUCCUGGCUUGUUGAUCAGAUUACUGUAUGUUUAGAAACUUACUAGUAUUAUAUUUCAGAUAAAAUAAUUUUUUAUCA